CUGAGAGAAUUUCAAAGUGCACAAACAAUGGUUUAUGCAAUAGAGGAAAUCAACAACAGAACUGAUAUUCUUCCUGGUAUCAAUUUAGGAUAUAAAAUCUAUGAUACAUGUGGAUCAGUUGAAAAGACCACUAGAGCCUCCUUGGCCUUAAUCAAUGGCCAUGGACAAAAUACAACUUCAGUGACCUGCUCAAAACCUGAAACUGUACAAGCAAUUAUAGGGCAAACAUCGUCAACUCCCACUAUUGCUAUAUCUACAACAGUGGGACCUUUGCACAUACCUGUGGUCAGUCACUUCGCAUCAUGUGCAUGCUUAAGUGACAGAAGAAAACACCCAUCUUUCUUCAGAACUGUUCCUAGUGAUUAUUUUCAAAGCAGAGCUUUAGCAAAGCUGGUCAAAUAUUUUGGAUGGACCUGGGUAGGGGCCCUAUGCAGUGAUAAUGACUAUGGGAACAAUGGCAUAAGUCAAUUUAUCAGUGCAGCCAAAGAAGAGGGAAUCUGCAUUGAGUAUUCUAUGGCAUUUUUUAAAACAGACCCCAGAGAAAAAAUUCUGAAAAUAGUAGAGAUUAUCAAGGCUUCAACCUCCAAAGUAAUUGUGGCUUUUGUUGCAUAUUCUGACUUUGGGUUUCUUCUAAAAGAAAUGGCCUUGCAGAACAUGACUGACUUUCAGUGGAUUGGAAGUGAGUCCUGGAUUUCUGAUUUGAAUACUGCCAAUGCUGAAUGGCAAUAUAUUCUGAAAGGAUCUCUGGGUUUUGCUAUUCCAGAGGCUACAAUUAAUGGUCUAGGAGAAUUUCUUAUUAAGAUUACUCCAGCUUCCGAUAUAGCUAUUUACAAAGAGUUGUGGGAGACAAUAUUUCAGUGUAAAUUUCCAACACAAGAAACUUUUGAGAUGAAACAAGUGUGCAAGGGCAACGAAAGUCUUACUCAAGUUCGAAGCAUUUAUACAGAUGUUUCAGACCUACGAAUUGCAAAUAAUGUUUAUAAAGCUGUGUAUUCUGUGGCUUAUGCCCUGCACAACAGUUAUGGCUGUUCCAAAAGGGACAGUGGACAAUCAGCUGCUAACGUCUGUACAAACUUAGCAGAUAAUCAAAAACCAUGGCAGAUAGUAAAUGAGUUGAAGAAAAUCCGCUUCACCACUACAACAGAUGAGGAUGUAUUUUUUGAUGAGAAUGGAGACUCAGCAGCUAGGUAUGAUGUACUGAAUUGGCAACGAAACAAAGACAAUAAAAUAGCAUUUGUUAAAGUGGGUUUCUAUGAUGCUUCACUGCACAGACACCUUCAACUGUCAAUUAACAACAUCAGUAUAGCUUGGGCCCACAAUAAACCACAGGUACCACUCUCCAUGUGUAGUCCAAGUUGUCCCACUGGCUACAGGAAGGCUGUGCAAAAAGGAAAACCAAUUUGCUGUUUUGACUGUAUACCAUGUGCAGAUGGAGAAAUCAGUAAUAUAACAGACUCUAUAAUAUGUAUUAAGUGCCCUCCGGAGCUGUGGUCCAAUGACAGGAAAGAUACCUGUGUCUUAAAGCUUGUCGAAUUCCUGUCAUAUGAAGAAAUAAUGGGAAUUCUCCUUGUAUCAUUUUCUUUGUUAGGAGUAUCCUUCACAAUCCUUAUUGCUGUAAUUUUCUUUAAGCACAAGGACACACCUAUUGUUAGAGCAAAUAAUUCUGAAUUGAGCUUCUUGCUGCUCUUUUCUCUGACUCUGUGUUUCCUCUGUUCACUUACAUUUAUUGGUCGCCCAUCUGUAUGGUCCUGUAUGCUGCGCCACACAGCAUUUGGAAUCACAUUUGUCCUCUGUCUCUCAUGUGUUCUGGGAAAAACAGUAAUGGUGUUAAUGGCCUUCAGGGCUACACUUCCCGGCAGUAAUGUCAUGAAAUGGUUUGGUCCUUUACAACAGAGACUCAGUGUACUUGUUUUUACAAUUGUGCAGGUCAUUAUUUGUCUACUUUGGUUAAUAAUAUCCCCUCCUUUUCCAUAUAAUAAUAUGAAUUACUACAAGGAAAAAAUCAUAUUAGAGUGUAAUGUAGGCUCUGCUGUGGGUUUUUGGGCUGUGCUUGGUUAUAUAGGACUCCUGGCUGUUUUGUGUUUUAUUUUGGCUUUUCUGGCCCGGAAGCUGCCUGAUAAUUUUAAUGAAGCCAAAUUGAUCACAUUUAGCAUGCUCAUAUUCUGUGCAGUUUGGAUCACCUUUAUUCCUGCUUAUGUUAGUUCUCCUGGUAAGUUCACUGUAGCUGUGGAGAUUUUUGCUAUUCUAGCAUCAAGCUUUGGUUUACUUUUUUGCAUAUUUGUUCCAAAGUGCUAUAUCAUUAUACUGAAACCAGAGAACAACACUAAAAAGCAAAUAAUGGGUAAAGCACCUGCAAAAUAA